AUGUCGAAUUUCAUAAACAGAGCUUCGGCUGACAAAAUUGUCGAUGAGUCCAAGGCGUUUAUUAAUAAUUUGUAUUCCAACAGCUCCGAUACCUGUCACAACUGCAAGGCCGUUCUCUCCCGUGGCAGAGAGCUCACCUUCAACCGCACUGAUCCACAGGAAAUUGUCGAUAUUUUUCUCUACUGGUGCACAAAGGAGCUUGGAAUGUCGAAACUGACAUGUAACACUACAUACACCUUGUCCACCGUCUCCCAUUCUGCCACCCAGGGCACCGACUUCACCAACCUAUUAAUGUUGAUUGAAGAGCCCUUGACGAGUUUGGACGGUGACUACUACUGCUACUUCAAAGCUAACGGGGCAUGUGCUUUGCCUCCCACUCCGGAGAUUGACUUGCGGAACUGGUGGCCACAGAAGCCGUCGAAUAAGACGUUGGCCAAACGUUACGCGUACUUGGCCCGUAAUUCCAGCAAAACGUUCAACGUGGCCCAUUUGAGCGAUUUCCAUGUAGAGUUACUCUACACCCUCGGCGGCGAAGCCAAUUGUUCAGACUCGAUGUGUUGCACGUCACAUUCUACGAACGCAGUAGCGUUGAACGGCACCAUCAAUACCACUCCGCUCUACAAUAGUUCAUACAUUAACGGCAUAUUCACCAAGGGAGACGAAGUUUCCCCGCUCAAGUCUUCCUGGCAGCCGGCUCAUGAAUUUGGCGAGUACACCUGCGAUACCCCUGAAGUUCUCCUCAACAGUUCUUUGAAACAUGUACGUGAUACCAAUGCUGACAAGGACUUGAAUUUUGAGUUUGCCAUCUUCACAGGCGACAUGGUGGAUCACGACACCUUGUACUAUACCACUAUUGAAACUACUGCCCGCGAGGAGAUCAUUGGGUUCCAGGACAUGAAGGCAUGGAUGGGCGACAUUCCGGUGUACAGUGUUUUGGGAAACCACGACACCUUCCCAUACGGGCAGCUUGCCCAGGCGAGCCUGGGAUUUUCCAACCGUUUCACCUGGAACAACGAGUUGAUGGGCAAAUUGUGGGAGGAGAGUGGCUGGGUCACCCACAAAAAGGUUUCCGAGCAUUACACGGGGUUUUCCAUCGUGACAAGACGUGGACUCAAGAUUAUUUCCUUGAACUCUAACGUGUGGUACAUGAAGAACAUGUACGCUUAUGCCGGUAUCGCUUCGAACCCCGACUCGUUUGGCUCUCUCCGCUGGUUAAUCGAUGAGUUGAUCGAGAGUGAGGAAUUGGGACAGAGAGUGUGGAUCCAGGCGCAUAUUCCGUUCGCCGAUACCGAUAUGUUGCCUAUUUCUUCUAAUAUUUUGGGAAAGAUUAUCGCACGCUUCUCCCCUUACACCAUCGCGGCGAUUUUCUUUGGGCACACCCACCUAGACGAGUUCCAAUUGCAGUAUGCGGGUGACAAGGAAGUGGAAAAUUUGGUGAACAUGGCGUGGAUCGGCCAAUCGAUCACGCCUUUGAAUUCCUUGAACCCAUCGUGGAGAUACUACGAAAUCGACGCCAAUACCUUUUCCAUCAUGGGCGCGUUCCACUAUUACCAGAAGCUCAACGAGACUAAUAACGGCGAGGGGAAUGAGCCGGACUGGCAGUUUGAGUACAGUGCCCGUGAGUCAUACACCAACGUGGAGACGGCGGCGUUGAACCAGUGGGACGAAGAGGCUCCGUUGAACGCUACCUUCUGGCACCAUGUGGCCGUGCAAAUUGGUAACAACGAGACAUUCGGCCAGUUGUUUGCAGGCCACCAGCACCGGUUCUCACCAGGUACACCUAACUGCUCUGUGGCAGGGGCUUGUGAAGAUAACUACUGCUAUGUCACGUCGUUCACCAGAGAUGAGUAUGUUCUUUGCAACUCAUUGGAGAAGUGAGAUAAAUACCCAGGAAGGAAUCAUAUUUGGGCUAGAAAAAUAAAAGGCUUUAAACCGAUGGUGUAGCUAUGAUGGAUGUACUGUGUUUUAAGAUAAGGAUUCAUGAUUGAGCUAUAGACCUUGUAAGUUCUCAAAUUAUUUCUGGAUUCUGAUGAAAUUUUGUAAAUCUUCUCGUUGUCAUUGCUUUUCUGUUUUGGACUUAUCCAGCUGUGUAUCGGGUUCAAAGUUAUUUAUCAGACUCCACCGGAUAACCAAACACCUUAUUGCCCUAACAUUUUAAUUUAUUGUUUCAGCAAAUACGGCUUCACCAGCUUGCUCUUUGCCAUGAAUAUGAUAGCUGCCAGAGAUCAUAUCGCGCCAGGUCCCACCUAAUUUUCCCUUGAAC